AUGUCAAAAUAUCAAAAACUACAAGAACUUUACCAAAAAACAGAACUACCAGAUCUAGAACUAGAGAAAAAAUAUCAAAAUCAUCUAUCAGAUCAAAUCAAUCAAUAUCAACAUUUCAUAAACUUAGCCAAAUCAAAUAUCUCCAAAAAUAUACCCAUUAACCAAGAAAUCCCUGGUAUAUUUGAAACAAAUAAGAAAAUACCAUUCAAUAUAGAAAGAGGUGAUACUUUGGGUAUCUCAUUAGCAAAUAAUUAUACAGAUUCUCAAAUAAGUCAAUCUAAAGAAUACAUAAAGAUAUUAAGACAAAGAUCAUUAGAUCUUGAUAAUAAUAUACAGAAAAAACAAGAAUUGAAUGAUAAAUUAGAUGUCUUUUUACAAGGAUUAGAAACUAGAUUAUUAAAUGAAACUCAAGGUGAAAGUAUUGAUGAAAUUGAUAAAUUACAAGAUCAAUUACUUAAUGAAAAAAUACGAUAUAGAACACUUCGUAAAGAAUUACAAAAUUUAUCUGAAGAAUAUGAAUGA